AUGAACAAUACGAGGGUUGGUUGUAGGGCCACAGGCGACUCGCUGGGUUUUACCGGUAAAUGAAAAAGGCGAGUUGCGCAUGGACACAGGCUAUGAGUGAAACAGGUCCGACCAGCAAAAUAUUUGUAGGAAUUCUCUAAAACUCAAUGGCAUGCGAAGCGUUACUGUUGUGUCAGGCCUAGGAACCUAGGGGGCCGAGUCUUGGGGAAGAUGGAUAGCAGAUACCACAGCCGAUCAUAGAAAACCUGUGAAAUUUUCAUAAGCUAUUGAUAACUUGGGAGACGAUGUUGUCUAAACCAGAAUGCCAUGAUUUUGUAACUAAUAUUUUGGGAAUUUUAAAUUGUUUCGAAAAAUUCAAACAGGAUAAAAGACAACUUGUUUGCAACAUAUUACAUACAUUUAUGCACAUCGAACCAUUCCAAACCGUGCAUGCUAUAAAUGUAAGUCCAGGUAAUCGUCGUUUACCCUUAUUUAAAGAAAUUGAAGAUGCCAUGUUUAAAUGUCAGGGUGGUAGCUGCUAUUCGCUGAACUACUUCGUCAGAGAAUUACUAGUGACAAUAGGUUAUGACGUUAGGUUUGUGGGAUGUAACGCAUUUGGUCAACGUAACUUUCAUCUAGCGCUGAUAAUUCGAUCACUUGACGAACCUGGAGAUAUAUAUCUUGUUGACGUAGGCACGUCAUUACCAACCUGGAAAAUAAUACCAAUUGAUUUUAAAACUGUCUCGCCCGUUUACACACAAGGAUUUCUGCAUUAUCAACUAAAAAGGAAAGACGAUACAACAAUAGAAGUAUUCCACAAGCGUAACAAACCUUCUGAAUUGAACACAGGACAAACCAAUUGGUACUUGUAUUACGAGGUAUGUCUGACUUCAGUCGAUAUAGAAGACUUUGCUGUGAAUAUGGAACAACUCUAUGUCAACCCGAAUUACUCUAGCUUUCCAUUCCUGCUAGAGGUACGAGUCGUUAUUUUCAAAAAUGACCGACUCUUUGCACUUAAGAAUAAAGAAUUUAUCUACGAGAACGAUCAGAAAGAGUUGAUGAAAGAGUUAGUGAUGACAACCAGUGAGUUACGUCAUAUUUUGUUAAAGUAUUUUCCUAAAAUUUACAGCUUUAACAAUAAUAUACUAGAACUGAUAGAAAAUCCCAUGUAAUGUGACUGAUACAAGCGUUCUAGUACUAUUAUUGAUGUUUUUGAUGUACUAACAUUAUUCAAGUUUUCUAGUACUAACAUUAUUGGCAAUUCCCAAAACUGAUCUAUCUUAUUGUUUAAAGAAGCGUUUGCUAUACGAGACUACACCCUUUGUUUAACAACGGGCUCAGAGCUUCAAAGGAGCUUUCUUUGUUUUUGUAGGUAUGCUUUGACCAGUAUAGUAAGAGUGCUUUGAUCUUUAGUUUAAAUCACUAAAGGUACAUAUACAGUGUUUAAAUAA